CUUACAUAGGAACCUCACUUUCUUCACAGGCUCCACCACAUGCCGCCAGUGCAGCAACCUUUCCUUGGACGCUUGGUCGCCGCUGCGGCAUGGGGAGCACUGCCGCGUGCUAGGGCUUCUCCUCUCUUGCAGGCGUCCCAUGUAGCUAUCCGGCAUAACACAACUGCCUCGGACCAGGAGCUUCCGCCACCACAGGGGCCUCUCGUUGGAAUCAAGGUUCUGGAUCUGGGCCAGGUGGUGGCGGGCAACUUCUGCGGGGCCCUGCUGGCGUACUUUGGGGCGGAUGUGAUCAAGGUUGAGCCCCCCGGCAAGGGCGACGCGCUGCGGUCGCUGCGCACCCUGGACUCCAGCGGCACCUCGCUGUGGUGGCGCUGCCAUGGUCGCAACCGCCGCUGUGUCACCAUCAACCUCAACACGCCGGAGGGCAGGCAGCUGGUCAAGAGGCUGAGUGAGCGGGUGGAUGUGUUGGUUGAGAACUUCCGUCCCGGUGUGAUGGAGGGGUGGGGGCUGGGGCCGCAGCACCUGAAGCCCGAUCUGGUGUACACGCGCAUCUCGGGACCGGCCCUCGCGCGCCCGAUCCAGGCUACGCCUCCGUGUGCGAGGCGUACGGCGGCUUCCGCCACCUGAACGGCUACCCCGACCGCCCGCCCGUGCGCCCCAACAUCAGCCUGGGCGACACGCUGGCGGGGCUGCAUGCGGCGUUCGGGGCGGUGCUGGCGCUGCUGCACAAGACACGGAGGGGUGCUCCCGGCGGGGGUCAGGUGGUUGACGCGUCCAUCAGCGAGAGCGUGUUCAACAUGCUGGAGAGCUGCGUGGCGGAGGUGGCGGCGGCGGGGCAGGACAGGGGGCCCUCGGGGUCUACCAUUUCGGGUGUGGUUCCCUCCGGCACCUUCCGCACCCGAGAUGAGCGCUACGUGGUGAUCGGGGGCAACGGGGACAGCAUCUACUCCCGCCUCAUGGCCGCUAUCGGCCGCCCGGAGCUGGGCUCCGCCAACCCCGCCUUCGCCACCAACUCGCACCGCGUGGCGGCGGAGGGGCUCAUCAUGGGGGCCAUUGAGGAGUGGGUGGCGAGGCACUCGCUGGACGAGGUGAUGGCCGCCAUGACCGCCGCCCGAGUGCCCGCCGGCCCCAUCCUCUCCCCCGCCGCACUGUUGCACGAGCCGCAGUUCCAGGAGCGGGGCAUGUUCCAACACGCACUGCCACCUCCUCCACCACCUGCCUCCCCCUCCUCCUCCCCCU